AAAAUAAUAAUUUAAACUGUUAAAAUGAAGAUCAGCAUCGUAAUAUUCAUUGUUCUUGUGUCUUUUGCAGUUUUAUCUCUUCAAUCACCACAGAAGGGUGACGCAGGCUCAGGAUGUGACCUAUCAAAAAUGAAGCCUGACAUGCUGAAGAAUAUGAUCGGAAAGUUUGCUGACAUGGCUAAAAACGGUGGAUCACAAUUUACGGAUAUGAUCAAACAAUUCGCGACAAUGUUUGGACAAGGAUAAAUUGAACUUUUUGGUAGAUUUUUGUCACAUGGCAUUUCUUACAAUUCAAAAUCACUAUUAAGUUACUUUAAAUGCACUCCUGUAAACAAAUCUUUGGACUGAUGCACUUUUCUGAAAACUGGCUACAGCA